GUAAAUACAUUCCUUCCCCUUUGGUCAGUUGAAACGACAGCGUACACAACGAGAGAAUCAAAGAGGGCCAAGAGGCCGCACCAGAACCACAAAACUGCGCGCCUCUCUGCCUCUCUACUUUCUAGUCGUUUAGUUUAACCUGAAUCGGAGCGGUUCUUGUGGUUGCAGUUCAUAAUCGGAGCCAUCGAUGGCGUUUUCCCCUCUUCCCCCGGCAGCCAUCGAACCCGCCGCAUUUCCUUCAUCUUUCACCCACCCUUUUCCUCUCCGGGACAACGGGUUCAAGCCGCCGGCAAGCAAUCGCUGGGCACAAGGAGGAAGAAGAAGACGAGCUCCAAGGAUUGCGGCGGUGGUCGGAGGAGGAGGAGAUGAACUAUCAUCCGCCGCCGCCACCGUGCUGUCGGGUCAGCAAGGACAACCCGCCACCGUCACCUGGGAGAUUGUCGUCGGAGCUACAGCCGGAGUGUUGCCGUUCGUGGUGGCCGGGAUUGAGUUCAGCAAAAGAAUAAUAGAACAGAGGAGGUGUGAAGUGUGCGGAGGGUCUGGGCUGGUUCUAAUGGAGGACAAGGACAACCGGGAGUACUGUCGCUGCCCUGGAUGCGGUGGGUUUCUGCCAUGGCAGUCUUGGAAGAGAUUCUUCACCGGCUAAUUGGCAAUUACCCUUGUUAAGUGGACCUUGUGCUUAUCGUCCAAUCCCUCUUCUGUGGACAAUUAGUGUGCUGUAUGAUUAGGAUUAGCACUUGUAAUUACUAAAAUCGUUUGACGUUGUGUGCCAGAUAAACAAACAAGAGAUAGAGUUGAACUUGGAAGGAGGAAGUAGUAUCAAAUUGCUUGCAUCUCGGAUUUGGAUGGUAUGAAAGCUAGCGCGUAGCCAGAUUUUGAGUUUACUGGAGUUCUUAAAAAUUUACUAACACUAAACCUGUGUAUCUACUGAAUUUUGAGUAUAUUGGGGUGUUCGGUAAGCUAACAUCGUUGAGAGUAUGUGAUCCUAAACUUGAAAGAUCGUACUAAACCCUAUUUCUCUAAAGAGUUUUGGUGCCCAAUUUUUUGUCAAGUGGGGUCCUAGGACCCUUCUCCUCCUCACCUCCCUCCGCCACUGAUGUCAGCCAUAGCCUUUGCGAGAAAAGCAAGAGAUGACUUUCAUAGUGAUCAUCAAAGCGGAUGCCAUGAAGUUGUUAUCACUUGUCAACUUUCAUCUCAUAUAAAUGCAAAUCGAGACAUCCGGUUGUAAUUCAAGUUAUAUGAUAAUUCGGACCGAAAUUGGAACUGGAUAGAAUCGAGACUAAAACAGUAUGAAAAAUCGCGCGAUUUAGAUCGGACCGCGCACACUUGGGUCCAUAUCGCGAGAAAACCUGAACCACGAUGUGGUCCGAUUAGCAAGUCUCCUGCUUUAGUGUGUUGGUAUGCACUUUUUCUUCUUCUGUGUAAACAAAAUUUGCCGUCAAUGGAAGAACAACUACCUAGUACGUAACAUAUCCAUGGAAACAGACAAUCACCGUCCAAGCGACGAUGAUAGUUGUGACGAGACUAGGUAUAGCUAGGGUGUCUUUGAGCACAGAACUGACAGAAGAGAUAGAACACAGGGACAGGGGAGAAUCGAAGGAAUUUCAAAGAGAAGUAUGAAUAGGAGACCGCCGCCAUCACAAACAGAGCAAUUAGCGUCCAAGCUAGAUUCCUAGUACCCUGUCCAAGACGCCACAUAUAUAGCAUUCAUCAGUGUAACUUUCCUGAUCUUGUGCAUGUUCCUUUUCAAAAGUCUGCAAAUUUGAAUGCCUCACAUGCAGCAGCAGCAGUAACGGACACUGAUGGGAUAGAUGAUAACCUAGUUGCUACUCAUUGAUGUGGGGAGGUUUUGUGUUAAGAGUGACAAGCAAUGGUGGGUGUUUUUUCCCCCUCUUUGAAUCCUUGAUUAUAGGUAGGGGUGGAGGGUCAGUCGGUCGGUUCGGUUAUAGCUGAAAAUCAAAGGGUCGGUUAUCGGUUAACCGAACAACCUCCCAACCCUGCUGACCACCGACCGAAAUAGGGAUUAAGGCUCCCCGGUUAUCUCUGUUUUCGGUUAACCGAGCUGCUCACAAGACCAAAAGCAUCUCGCCCAUCCCUCCGAAUACGGACCGAUUUUCGGUGAUUUCUAUUGGUGGAUAAUCGGCCGGUUUCGAUUGUAACCGGUAGCUUAACCGCUAACCGGCAACCGAUUGGCCACCCCUGAUUAUAGGACUGAUUCCAAUCAAGCAUAAUAAUGUGACAUAGAGUUAAUUUAUCGGCCAACUAUCAAUGACCCUGGUGGAUGGUCGGCAGCCCCGAAGUUUGCCUGACGACGGCAUCACUCAAGUGGUGCCUUCUGGAGGGAUUCCUCGUCAUGUAUGUUAUCUUAGUACGCGGAUAGGAGAGAGCUAGUUUCACUAUACUUGAGGAGAUACAAAUUACCGAGGGAUUGAGAAGUAUAUACAUAUAUAGUACUUGAGGAGAUAGGAGAGAGCUAGUUUCACUAUACUUGAGGAGAUACAAAUUACCGAGGGAUUGAGCUAGUUUCGCUAAACCAAUUUGGUAAAGGAAAAAAGGCAAUAAACCAGACACAAAACAUAAACUCAAACGUGUACA